CCCAACAACUCCACAUUUCAUUUCAUCACAUCAAACACCAACAAACAACCAAGAAUCAUUAUCAAGCAAAUCCAACAUGUUUCAAAGAUUAGGAACUAUAUCUUGAUAUUAUUGAGCCAAUAAUAAAUAUUAAGAAAAAGAGGGGUUUGUGUUAGAGUGGUUUUGUAAGUUUUUAUGAUGGCAAUGUCCUGCAAGGAUGGUAAAGGUGCAAUAAUGGAUAAUGGGAAAUAUGUGAGAUAUACACCUGAGCAGGUUGAAGCCCUUGAAAGAUUGUAUCAUGAAUGCCCAAAACCCACUUCUAUUCGGAGGCAACAGCUCAUUCGUGAAUGCCCUAUUCUUUCCAACAUUGAGCCCAAACAGAUCAAAGUUUGGUUUCAAAACAGAAGAUGCAGAGAAAAGCAAAGGGUAGAGGCUUCGCGGUUGCAAUCAGUGAAUCGAAAGCUUUCUGCGAUGAACAAGCUUCUAAUGGAGGAAAAUGAUAGGUUGCAAAAACAAGUGUCUCAUCUUGUGUAUGAAAAUGGUGUUUUUCGACAACAAACACAAAAUGUGACUGUUGCUAGUAAGGAUAAUACUAGCUGUGAAUCGGUGGUGACAAGUGGUCAACGCCGUUUGACUCCACCGCAUCCUCCAAGGGAUGCAAGCCCUGCUGGACUUAUGUCCAUUGCAGAGGAAACUUUUGCAGAGUUUCUUUCGAAGGCUACUGGAACCGCUGUCGAGUGGGUCCAGAUGCCUGGAAUGAAGCCUGGUCCGGAUUCCAUUGGAAUCGUUGCUAUUUCUCAUGGUUGCACUGGUGUGGCAGCACGGGCAUGCGGCUUGGUCGGUCUUGAACCUACAAGGGUUGCUGAAAUCCUCAAGGAUCGCCCCACGUGGUUCCGUGACUGCCGAGCCGUGGAAGUUCUCAAUGUGCUACCCACUGCUAAUGGUGGAACCAUUGAACUUUUAUACAUGCAGCUUUAUGCUCCUACAACUUUGGCUACGGCUCGUGACUUCUGGUUGUUGCGCUAUACCACUGUUACCGAAGAUGGCAGUCUAGUGGUAUGUGAAAGAUCACUAACCAACACCCAGAAUGGUCCAAGCAUACCAGCAGUGCCAAAUUUUGUGCGAGCAGAAAUGCUGUCUAGUGGGUACCUUGUUAGACCUUGUGAAGGAGGUGGGUCAAUCAUACACAUUGUUGACCAUAUGAAUUUAGAGGCAUGGAGUGUACCUGAAGUCUUGCGUCCAUUGUAUGAAUCAUCAGUUGUGCUUGCUCAAAAAACGACUAUGAUGGCGUUACGCCAGCUGAGACAAAUUGCUCAGGAAGUUUCUCAAGCCAGUACCGCUAAUUGGGGCCGAAGACCCGCAGCCUUAAGAGCAUUUAGCCAGAGGUUGAGCAGGGGCUUUAAUGAGGCCGUGAAUGGGUUUACUGAUGAAGGAUGGUCGAUGAUGGGUAAUGAUGGAAUGGAUGAUAUUACGAUUCUUGUAAACUCUUCACCUGAAAAGCUUAUGGGGUUGAAUCUUUCUUUCUCAAAUGGAUACCCGUCUGCUAACACUGCCGUCAUGUGUGCAAAAGCAUCAAUGCUUUUACAGAAUGUUCCUCCGGCCCUCUUACUUAGGUUUUUGAGGGAGCAUCGUUCAGAAUGGGCAGACAACAAUGCUGAUGCUUACACAGCGGCAGCAAUCAAACUUGGUCCAUGUAGCUUUCCAGGGUCUCGAUCCACUAACUUUGGGGGUCAAGUUAUUCUUCCCCUUGCACAUACAAUUGAGCAUGAAGAGCUUUUGGAGGUGAUCAAGUUGGAGGGUGUCGGAAAUUGUCCCGGAGAAUCUUUAAUGGGUCCAGACAUGUUUCUGCUGCAACUAUGCAAUGGAAUGGACGAAAAUGCUGUUGGUAUGUGUUCGGAACUUAUAUUUGCUCCCAUUGAUGUGUCUUUCGACGAUGAUGCACCUCUUUUGCCUUCUGGUUUUCGCAUCAUUCCUCUUGAUUCGGGCAAGGAGGAUGGUAGCCCAAAUCGUACCCUUGAUCUUGCUUCCGCUCUUGAAGUUAGAGGGUCCGGGAAUAAACCUUCUGGUGAUCGAAAUGUAGGCAGUGGUAGUGCUAGAUCAGUGAUGACAAUUGCUUUUGAGUUUGCUUUUGAAAGCCACAUGCAAGAAAGUGUAGCUUCUAUGGCCCGUCAAUAUGUUCGCAGCAUUAUAUCAUCGGUUCAGAGGGUAGCAUCAGCAUUAUCUCCAUCUUUGAAAGGAGGUUUUCAGGCAUCAUUGGGUACUCCAGAAGCACAUACACUAGCUCGUUGGAUUUCCCACAGUUACAGGUCUUUCUUGGGUGUUGAGCUACUAAAAUCUGCGGGUGAAGGAAGUGAAUCGAUCCUUAAAUCUUUGUGGCACCACCCGGAUGCAAUCUUAUGCUGCUCUCUGAAGGCAAUGCCAGUUUUUACAUUUGCAAAUCAAGCUGGUCUUGAUAUGCUUGAGACAACACUUGUGGCACUUCAAGACAUCAGUCUGGAGAAGAUUCUUGAUGAGAAUGGAAGAAAGGGUUUAUGCUCAGAGUUUCCACAGAUAAUGCAGCAGGGUUUUGCGUGUCUUCAAGGAGGUAUUUGUGUAUCCAGUAUGGGGAGACCAGUUUCUUAUGAGAGAGCUGCCGCAUGGAAAGUGUUGAAUGAAGCCGACAAUGCUCAUUGCAUAUGCUUUAUGUUUAUCAACUGGUCAUUUGUUUAAGGCUGAAUGAAUCAGAUGAUGGUAGGUUUUAGCUGUUUUUGUGUUACUUUUGUUGGACCUUAAAAAAUGUGGUUAGUUAUUUGGAUCUUGA